AUGGCACGAACGAAACAGGUCCCCUCUGCACGCGCACCCGAGCCUGUCGAGGAAGCUCCAGCAGUAAGCUCCACCGCUCUUGACGAGAAGACGAUCAUCAAGGCGGAUGACGUCGAGAGAUCGCCAGCUGCUGCUGGUGCUACCGCAAGCACAUCGGAACAGCGGACUUCGAAGCUCCCCUUACCCCUGCAAUUCCCCCUGGUCGCCAUUCUCAGCUUCUCGAUAUCGUCGCUAGGCUAUUCAUUCCUAAAUGAGUACUCAAAGGGCGAGCUCGCAACCAUAGCGCGAUCAUUGCAGUCUUCGCAGGAGGUCGCUCUUCUAGCAUCAUGGAGAUUACUCGAGCUCGCCUUGGGCUGGUUUGGGAAAUAUGAUAGCUAUGACCUGGCCGCUUUGAAUGUUUUAUCUCAUGGGCCUCCGUUCUUUCUCAUGACUGCAUUUUACGGCAUCCGACCAGGUACAGCCGCAGCAUGUCUGGGAGUCGAUGUUCUCUCAAGCUUCCUGCCGUUCCUCCUCCUGCGGCCUCUUUCCGGAGCCCAUGCCGGCUCGCCCACCGUCGCGAACAGGGAGAUUAUUGUGGACCGGUCCAUCCAGGCGUACACCACGCUCCUCGCCGGCGCCAUCUACAGCGUCGUCCUCUUCUUCUCCUACCAGACCUACCUACCCAAGGCGCUGGUUCUCUACUUCGACGGCAUCCCCAGCAUCGAGCCGGCGUACGCCUCCGCGUCCGUGCUCAACUCCGCCCCGGCCGCGUCCCUGGCGCUUCUAAUUGGGCUGGCUGCGCGCACCUUCAUCUUCACACCCUACGAGGCGACGGGGCACACUGCGCAGGACGAUGAGGUCGCACAGUUCGAUCCGGCGAGCGCGACGCUGGCGGAGACGCUGUACUGGAACCUUUGGGGCUACACGGCUCAGACCAAGGUCGCUAUCACGAGGACGGCGGUCGCGAUGGCUCUUACGGGGGUCAAUACGUAUUUGAAUUGCCUUUUGAGUAUUAAUGGAAUCGAGUCGACUGGUGCCGCUCUGUAUGCGUCGGUGUGGGUACUUGCUGCUUUUCUCACGGGCGUUGGCUUAGGAGUCGUUGGUCGGGAAUAA